AUAGCGACAGCCGCGCAGUCGGCUAAAGCUAGCCCGCAGGCACGCGUGUUUCCCACGCCGCGACUCAUCGCAUACCACAAACAUCGCGGACUCAUCCGAAACAUUGAUCACCUACAAGAAAUCAAUUAACUAUCGAGUUGUUUAUAUAAAGUGUUAGUGUAAUCAGUGACGAACGUGUGACGCCCAUUCUGGUGACCAGGACACAGAUCUGCUGCAAGUGGCUCCGUAAUCGAUAGCAGACUUCAAAUCCAACUGGUGUUUACUUCAUCAAGGUCACAGAAGAAGGUGUCAAGUGUUCGUCGGGCAGCGCGGUUCAGCGUCGGCGAUGAUGUCAGCGGGAUGAGCUAGCGGCAUGGGGGGCGAGGGGGCAGGCGACUCGCCCCCGCGCGCGCUCAUGGGGCUCGCGGCGCCCGCGCACGAUGCGACGCUACCGCCGCCGGGGGGCAUGGCGCCGCCGACCGCGGCCGCCGCAGCCGCCCUGCAGAGGGUGCACUCCAGAUCAAUGUCAUCUCUACCACCGGAGCCUUUCAUGAUGCUCAGAGCCAAGGCGCUCAGCAAGCGGGUGAUCAUCAAUGUGGGAGGGGUUCGCCAUGAGGUGCUAUGGCGGACCCUGGAGCGCUUGCCGCACACGAGGCUGGGCCGGCUGAGGGACUGCAACACUCACGAGGCCAUCACAGAACUCUGUGAUGAUUACUCCUUACAAGACAACGAAUAUUUUUUUGACAGGCAUCCGAAGAGUUUUAGUUCAAUAUUAAAUUUUUACCGGACUGGCAAAUUGCAUUUAGUGGACGAAAUGUGUGUGCUAGCGUUUAGCGACGACCUUGAGUACUGGGGCGUUGAUGAGUUAUAUUUAGAGUCCUGCUGCCAGCACAAAUAUCAUCAGCGGAAGGAACAUGUUCACGAGGAAAUGCGUAAAGAAGCAGAGAGCUUACGCCAACGGGAAGAAGAAGAAUUCGGACAGGGAACUUGUGCUCAAUACCAGAAAUGGCUGUGGGAUUUACUUGAGAAACCCACCACGAGUAUAGCUGCUAGGGUGAUCGCGGUGAUAUCAAUCCUUUUCAUCGUGCUGUCCACGAUAGGGCUCACUCUCAACACGAUACCACAGAUGCAAGUAGUCGACGAGAACGGCGCCCCCAUGGACAACCCUCAACUUGCCAUGAUUGAAGCCGUCUGUAUCACGUGGUUCACGCUAGAGUACGUGCUAAGAUUUAGUGCUUCGCCAGAUAAAUGGAAAUUUUUCAAAGGUGGACUAAACGUGAUAGACCUGUUGGCGAUAUUACCAUACUUUGUAUCCCUUUUCCUGCUGGAAACGAACAAGAACGCGACAGACCAGUUUCAAGAUGUGCGACGUGUAGUCCAAAUAUUUCGUAUAAUGCGAAUCCUACGUAUCCUAAAGCUAGCUCGACAUUCCACCGGUUUGCAAUCGCUCGGUUUCACACUCAGAAACUCAUACAAAGAGCUCGGGCUACUCAUGUUAUUUCUCGCUAUGGGAGUACUCAUCUUCUCCUCUCUGGCUUACUUUGCGGAAAAAGACGAGCCAGGAACUAAGUUCAUUUCUAUUCCGGAAACUUUCUGGUGGGCCGGUAUUACAAUGACUACAGUCGGAUACGGUGACAUUUACCCCACUACACCAUUGGGCAAAGUCAUCGGCUCAGUAUGCUGUAUUUGCGGCGUGUUGGUAAUUGCGUUGCCCAUCCCUAUAAUCGUCAACAAUUUCGCCGAGUUUUAUAAGAACCAGAUGCGGAGGGAAAAGGCCCUGAAGAGGAGGGAGGCGCUAGAGCGUGCCAAGCGGGAGGGAUCUAUUGUAUCCUUCCACCACAUAAAUCUGCGGGAUGCGUUCGCCAAGAGCAUGGACCUCAUCGACGUCAUCGUUGACACAGGACACAACCUGUCUCAAGCGGAUGGCACAAGUCUCGAGGGCGAAGCACCCCCUACCACCGGUUGCUACAAGCAAUACGAACACGCCAUCGCAAAUAAGAUUCCUCAAACUGACCCUCACCAGUUUCAGACAAGUCCUAAAAAGGAUCGACGCUUCUCAGCAGAAGGCUUGGGCUCACCGGAGAAACGCUUACUCAUUAAACCUGAUCAGACAUCAGAAAAGAAGAUCGCUGAAAAACAGUUAGACUUGGAACAGCUGCCUUCUGAGUUUGAGUGUUGUUUUUGCACGUUUAAGGGCUACAGGGAGUUCAUAGACGCCGAGCAGCUAAUGCCAAUGGCCACAUCGGAUCUUCGGCAGCCAGUUUGCGUGGAGCUGGCUUGUUUACAACGACAUCCGGCCCCACGGGCCUUGCCUGAAGCAACUCCAAACAGCCUCGACAGCCCUGAUACAUUUGCAUCAUGCCUUACGCACCCUUUUCCUUCAGAGGGAGACAUCGCGGGCGAGAUCGACUCGUCAAACUUGUAUGUGAAUCCUCUGGAUGGUAGCGGCGGGAGUGGGGCAGGUAGCACGGGCGGGGGAAGGGGAGGUACGAAGCCCGAGUAUGUGGGGGUGCGCAAGAGUGCGUCAGGGGAUGGAAACGUAUUGUGUGCGAAAGAUUCGCAGGGGGACGGUACGCCGCGUGGCUCCAGGGGCAGCCUGAGCGCAGUCGGCCUGACAGCCAGACCAAUCGAGGCCACCGUCCGCUCACUAGAUGCCUCUCGCAGUUCUAGCCUCCUACAAACUGAAGACUCGCCAACUUCCAUAGACGACUCCAAGCCCAAACAUAGAAAAGCAAGAUUCCAACAGGAGUGGACGGACGAAGAGAAGAAACCUCCUCGAGGUAUAGCGACGAGGAUUAUAAAUCACCACAUCCUGUUUGGUAAGAAUGGCAAUAAACGUGGGAGUAGCGGAUGGCCGAUGGAGAGUGAGUCCCGCUCUCGUUCCAUCCUCAAGAACAAGGAGUCGAGAGGAACUGACAGUGAACUGCUCCUACAGGAGACCACGUCGCUUGGUGCAAAUGUUAGUCAUAUUUCACUCAUGCCGAAGGGCCGGUGCAGGGGGUGACUCGGGAAGCGAGUCUUCGCCGAUUCGGCUUAAAGACUUCAAGGGACAGAAUCACAAAGGUGCUACAGAGAGAAGCAACCUCGUGUCGUAAACGAUAAAGUUCAAUUUCCAUUAGCACGCCUGCCUAAAACGCCUAGCGAUCCAAAUACGCUCUCCCAAAGCGUAACAUAAUAAUAUAGAGUUAAUAAAUACUAGAAUGCAAUAAAAUACACAAAAAUAAUUUUAACAUAUCAUUGAGCGUUUGUGACUGCUUGUUGAGUUUUCAUUUUGUAGAUUUAUAAAUAUUGUAAAUUAUUUAUUAGGUAUUUGUAAUAUUGUUCAUUCCAAUCGAGACGUUAAAAGUACCUAUUUGUUAAGUUUUUUACGUGCAAUUAUUAAUUGCUAAUUCUAAUUUAAGCGAAUAGUUUGUACAGCAUAGUUGAUGAAUGAAAAGCAAUUAAAAAUUAAAGAAUUUCUGAAAUUAUUGUUAUA